AUGCCGAAAAAGAAGAAUUCAACCACGAAACUCGACUCGCUCUACGAUGCACUCAAAAUCCCGCAGGAGGGCAAGGUCCCCUGUCUCGGGCACAUGAAAUCUAACUCCAGAUGUGCGACCGAUCGAACACAUCGAAGGGACAAUAUUGAAUCAACCUUACACGACAUCAUCGAUGCCCUCAAGGAUGGAGACACAAAGGAUUCGGAUGGGGUUCAAAAGUUGCUUCUGGAUCUGGCCCGGCGGCUUACAUGUAGGAAAAAGCGCCACGAUCAUCCGGUUACUCGCGGAUCUCGUGACUACGACAAGUACGAAUACGUCGCUUUUGUGCUUGGCAAGAGAUUGGGGUAUUGGGAUGAAGAUGCGGAUGGCGAAACACCAGAGAGUACGAGUAAAAGACGGCCCGUGCCUCUCUUUAGCCUCCAUGAUCGUCUUAAGCAGGCUGGUAAGAGACUGGUCGUGCCUGACUUUACCAUCUCUCGGCACCGUCAGCAGGCUAAAUCGAGCGAUGAAGAGGACGAGUACUCGGAACACGACGAUGAAGAUUACGAUGAAGACUCCGACGAAGACUCCGACGAAGACUACAACCAAGAGUCCUCGGAAGAUGAAUAUGAAGAUGAGGAAUGGGAAGACGGAGAUGAAGACGAGGAGGGGGACGAGGAGGGGGAUGAGGAAGAAGAUGAAGGAGUGACAGAAGUGUCCGCGGAAGAGUCAACCAUGUCUCGUCGACAACGGCCGAAACCCAAGCGAGAGGGGCCUAUGAUAGGCCAUUCAGCCGUUGUCACUCCGAUCAAACAGCGUGGUAGACCAAGCCGCAACUCGCGGGCUAGCACGCCGAGAACGGGACAAGUAGUCAGCCGCUUUGACUCUUUGUCAGUCAUCGACGAUGCCUCGACCUCGUCCUCUGAGUCGGUCAUCUCGCCAGGUGCCAGCGAAAUCUUCAGCCCUAUCUCGACUGCCUCGACACCAAUGUCUAUUCCUGACUCGGAGGUUUGUCCGCGCCGCUCGCGCUAUUUAAGAGGCGAAGAUGAAAGUCCAACAAGAAGGCAACGACCUUCAACGGGCGAUGCCAUGAGGAGAAUGAGAGAUUCUCUAAAGAAAGUUGGGCAACUCGAGAAGAGCCUUCGGCUGCGCAACCAAGCCUUAGAGAGCGAAAGGUCGACGGAUGACGAGGAGGUUGAGGAGCAACCCACAAGCAAGAGCAAAAGGGCAUCACUUCCCCCCCUGAAAGUUGGAAAUAUGAGAUUUGCUCCAGCAAGCGAGGAUAAGGAGAAUGCGGUGCAACUCGUUCUGAAACGCUUGAGACAGGCCCCGAUGGGAAAAGGUCUCUUGCCAGGCUGGGUAUAUUGCUUCGCCGAGAAGACCGCUCCUGGAUAUCUCAAAAUUGGGUCCAAAAUAUCCAAGGGUAGCAACGGCGAUACGACGCUUUCGCUUGAGAACCAGCAAAACGACGCUGAGGUCCGAAAGAGACUCCAGGAGUGGGAGCGGGGUUGCAGGCACGACAUAGACUACAAGUUCAUAGUCUAUAUGCCGUGCGCAGUCAGGACGAUGGAGAGGUUAGUUCACCUCACGUUGUGCAGAAGAAACAGGAAGGCCUAUUGCCCCAACCCAACCUGCAAGACGAAGACGGGACAUAGGGAGUGGUUCGAGAUUUCGGAGGACGAGGCCCGCGGGGCCGUCGAGGUGUGGGAGCAGUUCAGCAAUCUCAUGCCAUACAACGAUAAAGGGCAGCUGGAAAAAUUCUGGUUCGACUACGCAACGGAUAAGUACAAGUCUUUUGGCGGCUGGCCGCCCGAGGAGUGGUUGUAUGAGUGCUGGGCCAGCCUGACAGGCCCGGCUGCGGUUAACCACAGGAAGCAAAUCAGCAAGCUGCAAAAGAAGGAAACUGAACUCACGGAGAGACGAAGGCAAACAGAGGAGAGAAAGAAGGAGCUUGAGCAUGAAAUACAGAGUCUUAAACAAGAAGAAAAAGAGAUUCGGCAGCAGUUGGCUCAGUUGCAAAGCCAGCAGUGA